GUCACAGCUGCUUGCUCUACUCCAGUGGCAUCGCUUUUCUACAACACAUUGUGAAAACUCUCCAGCUACAAGUGUCGACUGGACUUAUCUUGUAUUCCACUGGACUACAUAGACUUUGUCCGAUUUUGAAAACUUUUACUCGACUCACAUUUUGGUUGUUGUGCCCUAUCUUUUACAUGGAGUUGUUACAUUUGCAGGGUUUGCUAUUAAUUUGGACAUCUCAGGAUUCACUGCCUGUGCCACUUGCUUCAAAGGAACUUCUCAUCUUUGAUUUUUUGGUCUCCGUAGACAUUAAGGAAACACGCAUAGGUCAUUGAUGCUUUUACGACACUGAAAACUUGUACAAAAAAUGUUUCUGCUGGAUUUAUAUUUAAAUUGUUAACUUAAAUUGAUACUUUAUACAAGUUUGAGAAUGUUACUUUGAGAGAAAAUCCACAAACCAAUAAGUCAAGAAAGUCCUUCAAAAUGCUCAUUAGAAAGUUCUUUUCAUUCUCAGGAUUCUUCAGGAUUUGAUGAGUUCCGGAUUGGAGAAUCUCAAUACUCGCUACAUGUUGCUUUGCCAAAAAAAACUUUCCCAGUGAAGAUGGACUACAACUUGAGCAGCCCCGUGGCCAACGGUACGACAGAGCCUUACCACCCGGCUGCUGGACCCUGGAUGCUCAUAGUCCUGGUCGUCAUCAUCCUGACCAUCGUGGUGGGUAACCUGCUGGUCAUCAUAGCCAUCGCACGCACCUCCCAGCUGCAGACGAUGACCAACAUCUUCAUCACGUCGCUGGCCUGUGCCGACCUCAUCAUGGGGUUACUGGUGGUCCCCCUGGGCGCCACCAUCGUGGUGACGGGAAACUGGCAGCUGAGCACCACGUCCUGCGAGCUGUGGACGUCCGUGGAUGUCCUGUGCGUCACGGCGAGCAUCGAGACGCUGUGCGCGAUCGCCGUGGACCGCUACAUCGCCAUCACGCGGCCCCUGAGGCACAAGGUGCUGAUCAACAAGUGGCGCGCACGGCUGAUCGUGUGCGUGGUGUGGGUGGUGUCGGCGCUCAUCUCCUUCGUGCCCAUCAUGAACCAGUACUGGCAGGCGGAGAACGACCCCGAGGCGAAGAAGUGCUACGAGGACGACGCGUGUUGCGACUUUGUGACCAACAGGACCUUCGCCAUCAUAUCCUCCGUGGUGUCCUUCUACAUCCCUUUGCUCAUCAUGAUCUUCGUCUACGCCAAAGUCUUCCUGAUAGCCACGCGGCAGGUGCAGCUCAUCGACCGGAACCGGCUCCGUUUCCAGAACGAGCGCUCCGGGGGCCCGACCCAGCCGGGGGGCCCCGUCCGGACCGCUCCUCCCCCCCCCCAGGGCUGCGGGGGCUCAGCCAGCAGCAGCACGCACAGCAGGAAGAGUUCCCGGAGACGGUCGUCGCGCCUCACGGUUGUCAAGGAGCACAAAGCCCUGAAGACGCUGGGGAUCAUCAUGGGCACCUUCACCCUCUGCUGGCUGCCCUUCUUCGUGGCCAACAUCAUCAACGUGUUCAACCGGAACAUUCCCUCCGGGGACAUCUUCCGGAUGCUCAACUGGCUGGGGUACAUCAACUCCGGCCUCAACCCCAUCAUCUACUGCAGGAGCCCCGAGUUCCGCGCCGCCUUCAAGAACCUCCUGGGCUGCCCGUGGAUAGCCACCCCGCGGCUCAACACCUUCUACAAGGAGCUCCGGACGCGCUGCCCCUGCUUCCUGGGCGCGGUGGAGGCCGGGGCGGCCGGAUCGUUCCAGAAGACCCCCGUGACCCCCACGGAUGGGCACGAGAGCCUGGGGAGCAGCCAGGGGAGUUACAAGAGCGAGGAGCCGUCACCCGGACCCCCACACUCAAACGGCAGUACGCAGUUCAGCGGCUUCUCUGAACCAGAGUCAGAAUUCCAACAGCCAAAUGGAUCUGAAGACUUUCCCCUAGGGCCCGGUCAGCCAGGAGGGGCGGUUUUAAAACAUCACUGCGGCUGUACGGCUGAGCCAUGGAUCUCAAGCAACAACACUCCAGAUGUGCCUUAACAAGCAGGCCAGGCUCUCGUGAUACGCUAAUGUCAUCGUCGUCAAGAGAACAUGAGUGAGAAGCGCAGUCCGCCAUUAUUUCCCUGCUCCCCGACGGAGAGGGAAAUCCAGACCGCAGAGAGAAGGUCACAGACAUGAUGUCUGCUGAAACGUCAUCCAAACACCUGGAUGCAGUGAUCUAACCAUUACAACACGUCCAAGGUCACUUCCCUGACCCCCCUCUGUGUGACCGAGGGGGUUGGUGAGGAAGCAGGAACAUUGACAGAGACCAACAGUGAUGGCUCCAAAUGCAAUGCUGAGCUCAUGUUUUCAGGAGAGGGGGAACAGGGUCACGGCCGUCAUCGGCACAUGCUUUCGUGUUCAUUGAAAAGCAGAGAUGCAUGCAACUGCUGGCCAUGUCAACAUGCUCAACGGGCGGAGCAUUUGUGUUUUUGUCACGUAUCCAGUGUGUUAUCUGGUCCAACAUGUUCACUCUCCUAUGGACUGUUAGAGCCUUGCAUUUUGUGGAGCCGCAUUAGGCAGUGCAGAUUAUGUAUUUGUGGAAAGCCCUAUUAAAGUGAACUUAAGUGAUUACGAUUCAAUUAUCUCGAGAUUGUUCAAUAACGCAGGGUAUUCGCUGUACAGUGCUUAACCAAAAAUAGAAUUCAACGGAUUUAAACUAAUCAUGUUGAUGUUUAAAAUCACUUAAGCAUACAGCCAGAUAAGGUCAAUUGAGCAUGGCGUGCUCGAGUUUACAGCACUCAUCUGUCUUUAAUGCAUGUUUUUAUGCAGUGGACAGCCCUUCCUGGUUAGCGCUCAUUAAUUAGCAAAGCUCUCAGCAUCCGGCUGUACAUUCUGUCACACAUGUUCACCACAUCAUGGGAACACAUGGAGGAGGGGGAGGGGGGAAGUGUGACGUUGACAGUUUGAGUAAUGGGAAGGACAUCAACUCUUCUGGCCUAAUCUGAUGUGAUACGGGGCUUUUUUAUUGAAAGAAGGGGUGUCUAUUCCAGGAGAAAUUCAUCCAGUCUACACACGCCAUUUUCUGCUCUGUUGCUGUGGACAGAAAACAUCGGUGCAUUUCUUGCAAGCGUUUAAACACACAUUUCACAAGUUUUAUAUUCUUAUGGACUGAAACUGAGGUCAUAGCUAGAUUUGGAUUCAGAUUUGGGUUGAACUGGUGUGAUGAAAGAGAUUGGAAUUGUGUGGGUCUGAGAUCAUAUGCCAUUUUGCAAACUUUUCUGUCCAAACAAUAGAUUGAAAGAGAACUGGAGCUUAGUGUGUUUUUCUUUUCUUCACGUCAAUAUGUAGAGUAAAUGUCUGGAAGCUGGGAAUGUUUACAAGUUGCUUUUAUGUAUUGCGUGUUUUAGAGACCUUGGCUUAGUAGCAGUGACAGUGGCACUAAAAGGUUACGACCUACACAGCUUGUCUGAGUCCUAGCACAGUUCAUGGGAGCCUAUUGUGGCUCUUUGUAGAAUUGGCUUUGGGAUUUGUGCUGAAGACAAGCUAUCACCCCCCGGACCUGUCAGGGCUCCUGUUGGGGCAUACGUUUAAACUCUAGGACUCUCAGUCAGGUAUUACAUUAUAAAACGUUAUUUGUUUUGUUUUGGGUCUAAUACAGACGCAGAAAUGAAAGAACAUAGCUAGAAUAGCUGGGAAAUGUACUACGUUUAGAAAUAACACAGUUGCACUGCUGUAACUUUGUUUUCAUCUGAAAAAGCCAACAGCCACAUGGAUCUGAAGACUUUCCCCUAGGGCCCGGUCAGCCAGGAGGGGCGGUUUUAAAACAUCACUGCGGCUGUACGGCUGAGCCAUGGAUCUCAAGCAACAACACUCCAGAUGUGCCUCAACAAGCAGGCC